GACCUGAGUAAUUGUCCACAACUUUUGCUCAACCUUGGCCAACUAAGACAGUCGAUAUGCUUCAAAAAUCUUUUUGUGCCUGGCGUGUGCUGUCCAAGAAAGUCAUCCGAACAAUCUGUUCAAAAUCCACAAAAUAUAAACACGGAAUCGAUAUCUACAACUAGACCACCACCGGUAAAUAACCGGCCAAUAGCUGUUACGCGCCCACCACCGACUGUUGUUACUCUAACGACCCAAGCUCCUGUUCAAUUGACUACCACCAAACCGCCAAUACUUACCUCUGGUACCAACAACAUUUUUGAUGAAGGAGAAUGUGGGCGACCGGAAGUGCCAAAAUACCGAGUUGUCGGUGGAGACGAAGCUUUACCCGGGCGAUGGCCAUGGAUGGCUGCUAUAUUUUUGCACGGGACUAGAAGAACAGAAUUUUGGUGUGGAGGUUCCCUCAUAGGUCCCAGGCAUAUCCUUACAGCUGCUCAUUGUACAAGAGACAAUAGACAAUUACCAUUUAAUGCCAGACAAUUUACUGUGAGAUUGGGCGACGUAGAUCUUCGAAGGGACGAUGAACCUUCAUCCCCCGAAACAUAUCACGUGGUCGAAGUAAGGGGACAUAAAAAGUUCUCAAGGGUAGGAUUUUACAACGACAUUGCUAUCCUAGUGUUGGAUAGACCAGUGAAACGCAGCAAAUACGUUAUACCGUUAUGUUUGCCACCAAAGAGCGCAAGGUCUGAAACGUUUGUAGGUCAAGUUCCAACUGUCGUAGGAUGGGGCACAACGUACUACGGUGGUAAAGAAAGUACUGUACAAAGACAAGUGGAACUACCUGUGUGGCAUAAUAGUGACUGUGAUAGAACUUACUUCCAACCGAUUAACGAAGACUUUAUAUGUGCAGGUCUUAAAGAAGGAGGCAAAGAUGCUUGUCAGGGUGAUUCUGGAGGUCCACUAAUGUUAAAAAAAGAUGGUAGAUGGAUUCAAAUCGGUAUAGUAUCUUUUGGUAAUAAAUGCGGUGAGCCUGGAUAUCCCGGUGUGUAUACAAGAGUUUCUCGAUACAUAGACUGGAUCAACGAGAAUGUUAUAUAGUUACCUUCAACUUUACAUCUGUUCAGAAGUAAAGUAGGAGCAAAAUUUAAAGAUCGUUACAAUAAGUCGUGACUCAAAACGUACACAUUUUAUUGAUUAUGAGCACAUGUGUAAUUUUAGCAAUAUUUGUAAUUACCGAAAGAUUGUUUUUAUAUUAUUAUUUAAAGUGACAUCUCAAUUUUUUGAAAUUAUAUAGGUCCCAUUAUUAACAUAAUUUUUCACUUCUAUGCAUAAUAUAAUAAUAAAUAAUAAAUAUUAUAUGUAUAUAUACCACUGUAAAUAAAAAUUAUUUAUA